AUUACUUUUAGUGUAACACAAGUUUUCUCUUCGGUUCCCAACUAUUCGAACCAUGACUAAAGGCGGACUUGCAACGACCAUAAAGACUUUACUCCUUAGGAGGAGUAAUAGUGUUACUCCCAAAGGAAUCGUGAUACGUAGCAUGAACAAGGUGGCUAGAUGGGACGAAUGUUAUGAUGAUGAAGUUGAAGAACGAUCAUCCCAACAUAAAGUAGAACCACAAGAUAAAAUACGCAAGGAAAAUGAAGAAAGCUGCUGGAUCCCACAUCCUCGUACAGGAAUAUAUUAUCCUAAAGGUCAAGAAUGGGUGAUGAGAGAUGUUCCUGUAGACGCUGCAAGAUUUGAUUACAAUUAUUGGUUCAGGAAUGGUGACGAUGAUGGAUAUGGAGUUUGAUUUUACGAUAAUAUAUCUUGUUACGAUAUAGUCGAAAUAGAAAGCAUACAAAUUUACUUUUUUAUUAUA